AUGUCCAAGAAGGGAGGUCAGGCUGCGGCCGCUGCGGUCUCGACGUUUGUCAAGCUGCUCGUGCCCGCCGGAAAGGCAUCUGCACAGCCGCCCGUGGGUCCAGCGCUCGGUGCCAAGGGUGUCAAGGCGAUGGACUUUGCCAAGGAGUUCAACGCCAAGACCGCGCAUCUCGAGGUGGGCCUCCCCACGCCCGCCAUCGUCAAGAUCAACCCGGACCGCACAUUCUCAUUUGAGAUCAAGACGCCACCAACGUCGCUACUGCUCAAGCGCGCUGCUGGCAUCGAGACGGGUGCGGGCAAGGCAGGGUCGCAGGUGGCAGGCACCAUCACCAUGAAGCACAUCUAUGAGAUCGCAAAGAUCAAGAUGCAGGACGUCAAGGGCGUUCAGGAAGAGCAGAUGUGCAAGGUCAUCGCCGGCAGCGCAAGGAGUAUGGGCCUGCGCAUCGUUCGAUAA